UUGGAUGGCAAUUAUCUUUUCUAAAUAAAUAAAUAAAACACACACGACAAAAAGGGUCAACAUAAUCGAAAUUUUAAAAUCCUUCUCCUUCCUCAUGGUUUGUUCAUUCUUUGUUUUGGGGGUUUCGUUCAACAUUGAACAUCGAAGUCCGAGGAGGCCAAUCCAUAACCUAAACAUAAUCAAAUUCGAAGUCUAAUAAUAAGUGCUUUACUUAGGCCUUUGCCGAGCUCUGUUUGUUUAAAAGCACCUAGCGAGGUUAGCUUUAAUUGUAGAAAAAGAAAAGUGUGUGUAUGGGCCAAGGCAAACUUUGAUACAAGCACGCUUUCUUAUUCUUCACUUUCUAAGGUUGUUGAAAGGAUAAUAAUAAUGCCCAAUUCCGCCGGAUCACAUGUUUUACGAGGAUGAUUUUGCUGUUGAUAGAGAAGGAUCUGAUUCAAGCGAUGACACUUGUAAUGUGCAACCUUAUAAUAAUAAUAACAGUAUGCAUCAUCCUGAGGUUCACUUGAAGAAUGUGCUCAAUGGUAUGCUUGCCAUUGUGAUUGGCUGGAGCAAACUUUCGAGUUUCAUUUCAAAUCAGCAGUCACUACUCCUGUUAGGAUUAGUGCCCUUAAAUCCUAUUGUAUGAUGCUAUGUAUGACAUUAUGUAUAACUUAAUGUUGUGAUUAAUAAAGUUGUUUUAUUAUUAUCUAAAAUAAUGGUAACAUGAAUAUUUGGACAUUAUCAUUUAGUCUAUGAGAUGCAUAGCAUGUGAUUUAGUCACAGGAAAUAUAAAUCACAAGUUCUUUGUAAACUUAGAAUUUUAAUUUGUAGUUGGUGAUGAAAUUGGGCAUUUCAUCUACGAAGACUAUAACAUAUCAACUAAGAUGAUUUGUCUUGAUCAUGGAAGUGGAGAUUUCUAGUUGGUAUGUUGAUAUGUUUUAAGAGUUAAGACAUAUGGAAUUGGACUGCUGUGAGAUUUAUUAUUCUCUUAAUGACUGUCAAAUGAAUAAUAAAUCUCAUGACUUCUAUUUAUAUGAACACUUAAUCCUGAGAGAAUAAUGGACCUGAUUAUGAAGUGUAGGUUACUUUGAUAUAUCAGAAGUGAGAUUUAAAGUCACAAUCAAAAUCUCAGUAUGUUGGAUAGCCACAUUUAGUGUUAAUAGAACAUAUAUUCUUAAAAUGAAAUUCAUAAUCUCUUAACGGAGAUAUAAAAUAUUCCCUUUAGAUAAGUUUAAUGGGUUCGGUUAUUCAAAGUGUUAAGCCUAACCACUUUAGUAAGGAAUUACUAGAAGUAUAUUUUUAUGAAAUUGGAUUUCAUAAAUAUAUGAUGAAUAACUUAAAGGAUUAAAUUGGGUCCUCAAGAAUUAAGAUGUAGUAAUCUUCAAAGUGGCAAUCUACAUUUAUGACUUUGUAUUACUAUGAAUAUUUUAUGAAGGGGUUGCAUGUACAAUAAAAUCUUGGGAUAUAAUUUAUUAAUAAGGCAUAGAGUGCAAUUAUAUUUAUAUAGUGGUAUUAAAUAUAAUUAAUGGUAACUUUGAACUUAUCAAGAGUUGACAGAAUAGCCCAAGGCCCAUUGGAGCUAGUGUCUUAUUUGUUCCCUUUUGGUCCCACUGCAAGCCACAUACUAAAGCCCAAUUGAAAUGGCCCAAAAGGCUAGCCCAAUUAGAUAAUCAAUUACAAGGAGAGAAACAUAUAGAAUUUCGUAAGUGAAUGAAAUGGUUUGUAUGUGAGUGUUGGACACUCUAUUAUUCUCCCUUAAACACAUUCAUAUAAAUUGAUUGAGAGAUCACAUUUCUUGGGUGUUAGUGGAAUUGGAGUAAAGAUUAAAAGCGUUCCCAAGUACUUUUAAUCUUUGUUUUGAAAUUCACCACACCAAGGUAUGCUAUCUUGUUCUUAUAUUCUAAAAUUUACAUAGUACAUGUUAUCAAUUGCGAAUGAAGUAGAUCCGUUAAUUUUCUGCUGCGUAUGUUUUGUAUGCAAAACAAACAUGUAUUUUUCCAACAACUCCCUACUUCAAAUGUUUCAUUUCUUGGGUCCGCAAAGGAUGGUGAUACCUUCUUGAACUCCUCCGUUUACAUACCUAGUGCCCCACCACUCCUUGAGCCCAAUGGAUCAAUUGGGGUUAAUUAUAGUGUUUACAAGGAUGUAUUGGAGGCUGAGCCUCCUGACUGGCUACCGGAUAGUUCUACUACAGUUUGCAUGCAGUGCACUGUUCGUUUCACUGCACUUGCUCGUGGCAGACAUCAUUGUCUGUUUUGUGGAGGAGUUUUCUGCAAAGUAUGUACCAAGGGGGGUGUUUGUUACCUGUUAAGUUCAGGGAGAGGGAUCCCCAGAGGGUCUGUGAUGCCUGCUAUGAUAAGUUUGAUCCAUUAUAGGGUGUUCUUAUUAACUCCAUCAGCAAUGCUGUGCAAGUAGCAAAGCAUGAUGUGAUAGAUUGGACUUGCACAAGAGGAUGGUUGAAUCUUCCACUUGGUUUGUCUACGGAACAUGAGACAUACAAGGCCUCCAAUACUUUGAGAAGCUAUUGCCAGGUUGCUAGGUUGAAUCCUGACAAGUCGAUACCCUUAGCAAUUUUGAAAGGAGCAAAAGGCCUGGCAAUUUUAACUGUAGCUAAAGCUGGUGUUCCACUUGCUUACAAACUUGGCACAGGCUUGGUCAUUUCUCGAAGGUCAGAUGGAUCAUAGUCUGCCCCAUCGGCCAUUCUCUGUUGGUUUAGGAUGGGGUGCUCAGAUUGGAGGAGAGCUCAUGGACUUCAUAAUUGUGCUUCAUGAUUCAAAAGCUUUGAAGACAUUUUGUAGUCGCAUGCAUUUUUCUCUUGGUGCUGGUUGGAGUGCUGCAGCAGGACUCGUAGGGAGAGUGCUGGAGAUUGAGGUUUUGGAAUGUGCUAUACAUACAGUUGUAGCAAAGAAAACUAUGGCAAGUGCAUUUGUGGGAGUGUCAUUGGAAGGGAAUGUUGUUGCAACAAGGAUGGAUACCAAUUUACGUUUUUAUGGUGAUCCUUAUCUCACUACCUCAGAUAUUCUUCUUGGGAUGGUGAGCAGACCAAAGGCUGCUAAGCCCUUGUAUGCUGCACUUGAAGACCUAUUCUCCAGUCUACGGUGAUAAUUCCUGUUGUCUGCAAUUUGGCAUCUUUCUGAUGCAUGUGAAGCAUCUUAAUCCUAUUCAGACAUGCUUGGAUUCUGAUACAUAUUCCUCAUCUUAGAUCUAUAAUUGUAAAAAAGUUAUUUUGGAUUGUUUCAUCUUCUAUCUGUAUAAAGGGAUAUACUUAAUGCCACAGGCAACUUAGUCUACUGUUUCUAUCUUAAUCCUAUUCAUCUAUGAUUGUCAAACUGGUUAGAAUAAUAUGAUGUAAAUAUACUAAGAUUCAUUGGGACUUCUACA